AUGGCUGAUUCAGAUGUUAAAAAAGUUACUAAAGGAGAAAAGAAGACUCGUGAAGCUAUGAAAAAAUUAGGUUUAGCUCCAGUCAGUGAUAUCUUCCGUGUUACCAUUAAACAAAAAGAAGGUGUCUUAGUUGUUGUUGCUGAACCAGAAGUUUAUGCUUCCCCAUCAGGUGAAACCUACGUAGUUUUCGGUGACCACUCAUUCGAUGAUAUCGCCAGUCGUUUACAAAAAGCUGUCCCAAAGGCCAACGUUGAUGACAUCGUCAAAGCUGCCAUGCCAGCACCAACUGCCGUCAAAGAAUCUGAAGAAUCAGAAGAAAUCGUCGCUCAAGCCGUCGACAGCUUUGAUUACAAAGGUGUCAACCCAAAGGAUGUCGAAGUCGUCAUGAAGGAAACUAAAGCCUCAAGAGAAAAAGUCGUUGAAACUUUAAUUGCCACCAAAAACGAUCUCGUCUCUGCUGUCUUAGAACUCACCACCAACUAA